GUGCAGAAGUGGAGCAUCGCCAUGGCGUUUGGGUUGUAUAAGGAGUGCGCAUCUCGUCGGUCUAAUAGCGGCGUCAGCCAUAUCGCAUCUUCGCCGCUCUUCCCACCUCACCAGAACAUUCAAGAUGGUGCAAUUCUCUGGUCUCACGGCGGUGCUGGUGCUUGCCUCCCUUGCAUCCGCUCAAUGCGGUUCUGGCACACCCGACGCGAAAGUCACUGGCUCCGGUAGCUCCUUCACCGCGACGAAGGGCUCGACGAAUCUCUACACUGGUUCAGAUUACCGUCUAGCUAUCCAGCGCGCUCUCGAUGGCAUCAGCAGCGGACAGCGGGUCUCCGUCAUCGCAUCCGGUAACAUUGGCGCUAGCACCAUCACCAUCACGAGCGGAAAGACAUUUGAGGGCUGCGGAACUAUAACAGCUGCUCCCAAGAGUGGAGGAGGAAACAUCGAAGUGACGAACCAGUCUGGCGUCAAGAUCCCCUACCUCACCAUGGCCGGUUCGACAUACUUCGGCAUGCGCUUCUCUGGUACUACAGACCUGACUCUAGGCACCAUCAACUUCAACCUCAAAGAUGGCAUGGGUAUCCGUUUCGACCGCGACCGAGCGGCCAACACAAAUGUCAAGAUGGGCACCAUCACCUGCAACGGCGGCACAUCGCACUGCGUGGAGACAUGGAAUAUCGACAAGCUCGACAUUGGCUCCGUUAUCGGCAAGAAUGUCGGAGAAUGCGGUCUCCUCCUCCAAAAGGUUACCAACGCAAAGGUUGGCACCGUAGACUGCGACAACUGUGGCGCUGGCACCGGAUACGCGGCUCUCCGUUUCGCCAACGAAGCCGGAAAGAUCAACGGCGGAUAUGGCACCAACAUCUACGUCAACCGCGUCAAGGCUCGUGGUGGCGGUCGCGGUAUCUUCUGUGUAUCUGCGUCUGGAGGUGCGGAGAUCGGUACGAUUGAUGUUGCCAACACGGGUAACAACGCCAUCUUGCUCGAGAACUGCUACAAUGUCAACAUCAAGGCUGGUACUGUUAGUGGUGGUGGUGAGGUUCGUCUGGCUGCGAGAACCGAGUUCGCGAACAGCAGAGAUAUCGCCAUUGCGUUGAAGGUCGAUGGAACCAGUGUGACGGAAAACCCGUGCACUGUGAACAAGACCAAAUGGAGCCUCACCGGAAACGGGGCGAGGAAGAUCUGCACAUAAGUGCUUCCCUGUUUCCCCAUUAGGAGCAUCUCACAGUGCUGACUGGCGGAUUUGGAUAACGUGUAGUCGCAACUUCAUUGUACAUAUCAACAUCUCAAUUACAUAGAGAGCUUCAUAUCCAACAAAUCUCCAUCAAGCCGUGUGAUCUCGAAACCGGAGUAUUUUCAAUCAUCAUCAUCAUAUAGCGACGUUGGUACGAGAGUCCAGUCGAAAGCUAGAGGGGAGGCUGGGGUUACGACAUGCAUAGGCGUAGGAACCGCAACACUCUAAGCGCAAUGUGAGUUGUCUUUCAGCUAUCUCUAAGGUCAUGCGCGC